CAUAUCGUCAGCGCAUUGAGAAGUCUUAAGUCUUUUGUUUUUUGUCAUUUGUUCUGACUCGAUCGAUGUUUCCCGUCCAUCUGUCAAUUGCAUUUAAAGCAAAUAUCACCCAUAAGAAAUGGGCUAUAAUAAAAGCGUACGCCGUGCAACAACGACAACGACAGCAGCAGCAACAACAACAACAGAUUGGUUACGUUUGCACUUGUUUAAACAAUUUCAUAAAGAACUUUAGAGCUCACUACCUGCGCCAGUUGAUUUGUAUUUAUUUUUAUUUAUUUUUAUAUUUUUUUAAUUUCUUCCCUUCCCUUCCCAUCACCUUACAGGUGCACGAUAAAGUUAGCCAGCAUAGAACGGCAACGCUUAUUUCUGUCUUAUCGUCAGUGGAAAUGCUUGACAAUAAAUUAGAUUUUGUGCAAAUUCUGCCGUCCGAUCGAUCCACUCAAUGGGUGUCCGCCAUGAUGGUGCAAAUAAUGGUUAAGAAUACCGUAGAAGAAGAAAUAUUCCUAUUCCCCCAGGCAAAUCGCAGGUUUGUGUGAUUUAUAUCAUAACAAAAGGGUAGAGGUAAAGCUGCAAGAAAUGCCAAAUCGAAGAUUGGCUACACUUCAUCCAGAAAAUGCUAAUCUCUAAUACUACCGGGAAAUGUCACUUAUAAUAUUAUUAUUAUUAUAUUUAGCACUUUAAGCUUGAAGAAGCCUGUGCUCUAGAAAUACUGGAACUGUCAACUGAAACGUGUUUAUUGAUAAUUUCCUAUCUACAUUUUGGCCGGUAAAGCCAGAAACUUUUGAAUUAUUAAUGAACGUUAGUGGAGUGUUUUGCAGCAGGGUAACUUUCAGUCGCUUCUCAUUAUCCAAAAGUAUUUUUCUGCUUGACGUCUUCGUCUUUGGCUAUCCAUAAACAAAAUACGGCCAAUGCGGCGUUUGUUGAGGUCAAUGAUUUCUUUUGCGUUGUCUUUUUCACGCUUUUAACGCUUUUUGUCGGUUGGCCAGUUCGUAUGUUCGUAUGUCUGUCUGUAUGUCUGUAUGUGCUAGCAUAUUGAAUAUUAAUUUUGAAGUUUUUUCGGCUUGUGCAAACAUAUUCAGCAAAAUAAGUGGAACCAUCGACCGCUGUAAUGUCGAUUCUGCAAGCCAAAUGAUGACAUAAUGGAAGAUAGUUAAAAAACCAAACCCACGAGAAGUGUUGUGUGUUGAGAGAUGAAUCACGGGACCCAGAAUAUUUCAGUGUAAUACAAUGAACCACGGUCUAAACUUAUCUUGAAGGUUCUUUCGAUAAAAUCAUAUUCAAUUAGA